AUGCGUAUCGGUUUCGUGUUAUAUUGGUGCGUAUAUGCUUUUCAUCUGUGUAAAGCGGAAGAUGUGGAGAAGACAGAAAAUAGAGACAGUGGCAGAAGACAGCAGUGGGGUCCCGUGGUGCGGACUGGGUCGUUUAUGAGCGACUCUGCGGUCGCAGCCUCUAACGAACAGAUAUUGUUCGAGGCGUGCCACAAUGAGCCCGCGUGUCUCCAGGACAAAGCUGGCCUCGAAGCCAUCACGCAGCUACACAGGCAGCUUGAUGACGAUGCCAACGGGAAUGUUGACCUCAGCGAGAGUGACGAUUUUCUUCGCGAGGAGUUGCAGUACGACAGCGGGUACGAGAAGCGGCAGAGGGCGUUCCACCACAAUGAUGAUAUGCACAUCUCUGUCAAGGAGCUCUGGGAGGCGUGGCUACGAUCGGAGGUUCACAACUGGACAGUAGAGCAGACGGUGGAAUGGCUGUCUCAGUCCGUGGAUCUGCCCCAGUACAAGACUUUGUUCCUACAGCACAAAGUCACCGGCGCUACCCUGCCGAGAUUGGCCGUAAACAACAUGCAGUACCUGAGCAACGUGCUGGGCAUCAAAGAUCCUAUCCACAAACAGAAGCUUGCACUCAAAGCGAUGGACGUUGUCUUGUUUGGACCCCCUAAAGGCAGUAGAUGGAAGGACUGGCUCCUCGCGUCUUUGCUGCUCGGUGCGGUGGUCGGUGGCUGGGCGGCACUGCGCGCUGGUCGCGCGAGCCGUCACCAAGUUCAGCGCAUGCUCCGAGACAUGGAACAGCUCCGCAAGGCCGAGAUGGCCCUGAAUGAUAUGCAGAAGGAACUGGAGAAAGCUCGUCUGGAACAGGAAAAUGUGACGACGGAAAAAAAGAAUUUGGAGAAAAAGCUUAGAGAAGCGGGCGAUACACCACUUCUGAACUCGGCGUCAUCUGAUCUUGAAGUAACUCAAUUGAAGGCUGAGAUCGAGAUGUUACGUGCUGAGCUUCGUCGGGCUGAAGGUGAAUUGGAAGACAGGUGCUGGGCGCCUCCUCCUGGUCUCCAGCAGUGGCUGCAGUUGACACAUGAGGUCGAGAACAGAGCCUACCUCCGCAAGAAGCAACAAGCAGACUUACAGUUGCAGCAAGCAAGAGAAGCGUGUGAAAAAUUGCGGAAGAAGAGAUCUAGUUUGGUUGGCGCGUUUGUGUCAACGCAUGGGAAAUCCAUUGAUGAUGUUGACCGGUCUAUUGUAGAAGCCCGGACUGCACUCAACGAGGUCACUCAAGAAUUACAGGAGCGCAUGCACAGAUGGAAGCAAAUCGAGCGUAUGUGUGGGUUUAACAUAAUCAAUAACAACGGGCUGCAGUACUUGGAGACUGCGCUGUACAGGAGUGCCAACGGCCGGCCUACUGGACGAGGUCGCAUCAGCAGUUCUCAAGAUGACCUGAGCAUCGGUGAUGAUGCGUCAAUAUGUGGCUCAGUUGCUGAUAACUUCGUGUGGCGGGAAGAUUCUUCGGGCAGCGAAGCGGAUGCUCCACACUACCCGUUAGACCUGAGACUUGCCGAGGCUCGAUUACAAUUAGAAGAGCGCUUAGCGCAAGAAGCUCGGGAGCGCAGACAGGACGAACGCAUAGAACGGCGCGCGGAAGAGAAGCGAGCCGCUCUCGAGGACUUUAGGGCUAGGACCUCUUACAACGAUCUGCGGAAGACUCCCACUGAUGACAGGAAUAAGGAGCAAGUGCAGUUCAUAUUGGGAGGGGAUAAUGUAAACUGGUCAGGUGAGCCAGAAAUACCGCGCAUUGCGGAGCUCACUCGCGCAGUGACAUCGGCAUCCCAGCCGCAGCUCCGUGCCUCGGUCCGCGGGGCUCCGCUGCCGCCCCCGCGCCGCGUCCUGUCCUCUGUCGCAGCCCCCAUCGUACGCUCCCGUAGUACUGAUGUAGUACCACUGUCUGAUGACCCUAGACCUCCACCUAGGAAUGCCUUCCCGAGGCCGAAGACGCUUGCUGAAGACGCCCCAACGCCUUCAAGCAACACGCCACCAGAAGAAGAAUCAACAGACUCCUCACUGAUGGACGACGAAGGUGUUCCCAAGCCUCGUAAGCGUCGCAUCCACCUCCCAUUCGGCAAGAAAGCCAAAACACCGGCGUGA